ACAAUUUAUUAAAUAUGAAUUAUCAAUCAUUGUAAUAUUUUUAAUAGGUAGUUAAAAGAUAAAUCGCUAGAUAUUUAUGAAGCCUUGAAUGAUUUGAAAUGUUUUUUUCCUGAGUUGAAAACUAUUGUAAUAAUGGAUCGUUUUGGAACGUCUAUUCUGAAAACAAUUUGGAGACCUACACUUAAUUUUGUAAGGACCAGAUACUUCGCAGAUAAAAACAGAUUAGUAAGAAGACAUGGUUACGAAGAGAAAAUCUGGAGCGGCGGUUUAAUGCCUCGGUCUGAAGGAAAGGUUCUACCAAUUCCAGAAUAUCGACCUGCCAACCCAUGGAUAGAACGUAAGGCACUUUUUGGACAAAAUGAUUAUAUUGAUAUUCUUGGAACUGGUGAAAUCCAUCCUGUGAAGACAUUGUACUCUGUACCAUCAUGGAUAAGAGGUGUCAGUGGUAUAGAGUAUCAUAUUUUGCUCAGGAAAAGGAAGAUGUUUGCAAACACUGGAUCACCUCAAACCAGGCCGACAAAGUGGAAAGAGUAUGAAAAGAGAUUGUCUUUCUUGUACAGAAAACUUAAUAGAAAAACGAAAACUGGUUUCUCUUCUACAUAGAAUAUAAAGUUUAUUAAAAUAUUUUUCAUAGUUAGUAUAAA